AUGCCCGUUGUCUAUGGAAUUCGUUGUCCUCUUGGAGCUCGGUUCGCUUCCUUCUUUCUGGAGCAAGCUCUGGCCUGGACUCCGUGGAAGCUCCUCCUGGUGAUUGCGCUAGCGUCUCCUGCAGUCAGCGCGUGUUCUAAAACCUUGUGGCCGAACCUUCGCCGCUCGCCCCCGGCUUACUUCUCCAAGGGCAAUAAGGGUUGUGAAGACUCAAGCGCAAGUGCCAUGCAUCAUCGUGGUUCCGCGGGUCCGACCCACAGGUAUCUCAGAAAGCUUAUUUUUCUAUUGCUCCCACAUCUCAGCUUUGCGGCGCCUGCUUGGCACUUUGGUCCUGCUUCUGGCGAAGGCAGGCUUGCGCCUGUGGGCACGAUGUCGGUUCCUGAUUCGGCGGACAUUCUUCCUGGUGAAUUACCUGGGCGACCCUCACUCUGCGGGCAAAGUAGUCACACAACUUAUUUUCGUAGCCCUCAAGCCAUUGGGUCAGCACGGCACCUGGGUUUUUCAUUCCGCACACUCCUGGAGGAGGCAGACACUCCACUCUUUGAUGACGUGUGUGGUCUUGCUUGUCAUGUUCUUUCACAACUCGGCGCAAAAGUCACCAUCAAACUUGAAGCCUCCCUGCAGCUCUCCCAGUUCCAGCGCACCGCUGAGGAGCUGCGGCACAUACUUCCGACACGUGCUGACCUUGCUGGCGUAGAUUUGGAGAAUACCUGGUUAGAUGCAGACCUCAGUCUACUCGACAAGCUCCCUCGCGAGAAGUUGAAGUUGGAGUCGGGCUUGGCUACGCUUCGUGAGUGGGAACCGCAGAUGGGAAUGCCUCGUGCGCUUCAUAUAUACACAGAUGGAUCGUACGGAGACACCUUCACUGAUGGGUUUAAAGCUGUGGGUUGGUCAUUUACAGUCUGGGCCGAUUGCCAUGACGCCUUGCACUUCGUCGGCCACGCGUCCUUCCAUGGAGCCUCGUCUGAGUCUCCAUAUUUCCUGGGCGAAUACUCACCUUCCCCUUUGGCUGGCGAGCGACUAGGCAUAGCUUGGGCGAUUGUCUGGAUCAUUGAGCAUUCGGCUUCUUUCCCGGGGCCCUAUGUGCUAGAAUACGAUUGUCUCAACGCGGGCAAACAUGCAUUUGGUGAGUUCCUAGAUCAUGCCAGUGAUGAGGAGUCGGCUGCGUUGGCUGAGGCCGUCUCUGCGCUUCGAGUGUGCAUGGAUGCCUGUUGCCAUGUUGAUCACCGGCAUGUGCGAGCGCACGAAGGCACAUUCCCCAAUGAGCUGACUGAUGUUUUGGCAAAGGUUGUCCGAGCGUUUCCUGUUGAACAUGAUCAGCGGUGCCUGCCGACUUGGCCUCGAAACAUGGUUUUUCAUCCACUAAGAGAUUGGGCGUGGCGCUUCUUCGACUUUCAGGUCGCUCUACCUACCGUCUUUGCGCUGGAGACUGAAGCUCUUCGCCUGCAGCACCGCACUUCUCACGAGCCGGUUCGGGUCCCGCAAAUUGCCACAGUCGACUUGGCGCGUCAGGCUUCCGAGGAAACUGUAGCUCUCCAAAUGCUUUUUGCGUCGAUCAACAUCUUGACCUUUCGGGAUGAGCAGACCAGAGCCGCUGCUGGGCAAGCAUCAACCAUGGGACUCCGGGUCCAGGGCCGUCAGGCCUUCGUCAUACAUCAACUUCUGGAGCGCCGGGUGUGGAUCGCCGGGUUUCAGGAGUCGCGGCUACCGCACAGCUCCACUGCGCAUUCCCAGGACUAUGCGCUGUACCAUUCUGCCUGCACGAGCAGGGGGCAACUGGGCUGUUCCCUGUGGAUCAACAAGAGCAUUCCGUAUGCCACUGUCAAAGACCAGCACCAUUAUGUAAAAGAGUCCCAUGUGUCCAUCUUGGGCUAUGGGCCCAGGUACCUUGUGGCCAGCGUAGUUGCGCCGCACCUUCGUAUCCUGAUUGUUGUUGCUCAUUGCCCUUACCAAGGCCACGGUGAAUCCCCUGAAGAAUUUUGGAGGCUCAUUAGCAAGUACGUCUCAGACAGAUUGGAUGGAACUUACGCAGUGAUCCUUACAGAUUCGAACGGUCACGUCGGCAGCGUGCAGUCCUCCUCUAUAGGUGGCUUGGCGCCAGAAGAAGAGAAUGCGCCUGGCCGCGAACUGCAUACAUUCUUGGCGGAUCACAGACUUUGGGCCCCCGCUACAUUCGCGGACACGCCCCUCUGGGCCUCUGGGGCGGCCUACCGGCUUGACUUCGUCUGCAUUCCACUUGAAUGGCAGCGAGGCCACAUCUCUUCAUGGGUGUGGGUUGAUUUUGAUGGGAUGCAGAUCAGUCGCGAUCAUCGACCAGCCCUCCUUGAGUGCUGCUUUGAGUACAGCCUUUCCACGCAGCCCUUCGUGCGGCGUCGGUGUUCUCCGCCUCUCCGCGUUCUUUCCCUGAGUGCCAGUGACCGUGAGGAAUACUAUCGGCAGCUCGGCGCGGCCGCCCUGCCAGACUGGCACCUCGAUGUUGAUGACCAUUACGACGGGCUCCUUCGUGUGUGGCGGGCAAGUUGGUGUCAGGUACACACUGCAGAUGCUCCGCCCAGACACAAUCCGUACAUCACUGAGGAGACCUUGGGCAUCAGAGAUAGACGCAAGGGUCUUCUUCGCUACAUUGCGAAAGAGGAACUAGCUGCCAAUAGGGUCCAUCUGCUGGCAGGCUUCGCGGCUUUCAUUCUUCAUUUGAGAGGCCAAGCUUUCCAGCCUGAACAGAUGCGAUACCUUUGGACAAGCUUGCGCAACAUUCACAUCAGCAUUGCGCGAGCUUUAGUCAUGGUUCGCGUCACUGGCAAGCAGCUCAGGUCUGCUGUCAAAAGUGAUCGCAAGCGCUACCUGGCAGAGCUUGCCAGCCGGGUUGGCCAAUGCCAGAAACACGACACCAAGGCCCUCUUCGAGGCCGUUCGACAGGCUUUCCCCGACGCUAGAUCGCGCAAGCACAAGAGACUGCGGCUGCUUCCCAUGCUUUGUAAGGAAGACGGCUCUCCGGCACAGAGCAACGCCGAGGCCGAGCGCAUCUGGCGAGACCACUUUCGGCAGCAGGAGGCCGGCGUAGAGGUCACGCCCUCUGGUUAUGCUCAGGAAGCCACCGACUGGAGACGGGCUUCCACUCUUGUUCCAGCGUUUGAUGUGUCCACUGUACCAUCACGCACAGAGCUGGAGCAGGUUCUUCUGUCCCUUAGACCCCUCAAAUCGCCAGGGCCCGAUGGGGCUACGCCGGAGCUUUUCCAAUGCCACCCCAGGCUCAUGGCGCGGAUGCUGAUGCCGUUGAUGGUGAAAGCAUCUCUGGCCACAGCUGAACCCUUUCUCUGGAAAGGGGGGACGUUGGUGACCCUUGCCAAGCGCGCGUCGCAGACGUUCCAGACCAAUGACUUUCGUUCCAUCCUUUUGGCGAGCGUGCCAGGAAAAAUUUUCCACAAACUAGCCCGGCGCCGACUCUUGCCUGUAUUGCAGCAACAUCAGUCAGGACUACUUGCGGGGACGGCCGCUGGUAUUGGACCUGACACAAUAUCCUUGGCUGUCCGUGCAUCCAUUGACAUUGCCCGUCAGUCUGGUUGCAGUUGGAUGACGCUGUUUUUUGACAUCAAAUCGGCUUUCUACCGGCUAGUGCGCCAAACCAUCGUUCCUGGUGAGAUGGCCGAGUACCAACUCGUUCGCCUACUUUCUGGGCUCGGAGCCACUCCAGAGGCACUUUCCGAGCUGCGCCAGCUCCUGGAACAGGCCGCAGCCAUACCCCGAUUUGGUGCCAAUCCACAUCUCGUCAAGUUAGUGGACAGUCUUCUCCAGGCUACGUGGUUCACCAUGACCUUGGCGCCGCAGUUGGUCAUGACAUUUCUUGGCAGCAGGCCAGGUGACUCUGCUGCUGACAUUUUCUUUGCCUUCGGCCUUACGUGCUACCUGGACUCCACUGAAGCCCUUCUGCGUGAACGAGGUCUGUGCUGGCUGCCAUCGCCCACCCAGAAGACACUGCUCGCAGACGACUGGGCGGUUGCUCCGGAUGUCACUACAGCAGCUUGGGCGGAUGACGUUGUCAAGUUCCAUGCCACGUCCUCACCUCAACAACUGCGCGAUGACAUGCAGGUGAUGGCAAAAACGUUCCUGAAUCGGGCGGCUUCGUGUGGGAUGCGCUUUUCGCCGGGUAGGGACAAAACUGCGUUCCUGGUGGACAGACGAACGCGUCAGUCUUGGACUGCGUUGGCGCUGCCCAACCAUGCCUUGGACUAUAUUGACAUCGACUUCGAGCUGGGUGGUGACAGUUUCCGCAUCCCCCUAGUCAGUGCCUAUUGCCAUCUAGGUGGAGUUGUCACGGAGUCCGGUAGCGUUGAUCAGGAGCUCUACGUUCGCAAUGCUUCUGCGCGGGGAGUGUUGCGUUCCUUGGCUCACAAGCUGUUUGCCAACUCUGCCUAUGACAUUGGCACUCGGGUCGCCUUACUGAGGGCACUUGCAGUCAGCAAGCUCACGUAUGGAUCAGGCUGCUUAACGUUUAGUGCUUCUCAGCACAAGCGACGCUGGCACGCGAAUUACGUGCAUCUGUGGAGGAGCCUUUUCCGUCUUGAUCGACCUGAACAUGGAAAGCCGCAUUCUUAUGAGGUUCUGUUGGUAGCUGGUUGUCCGCCGCCGCAUCUUUCACUUGCCUUGGCGCGCUCCAGUCUGCUUCGCCGGAUCAUCUGUCAUGGGCCGCGUGCUGUACGUUACCUUCUGCAGGUGCAAUGGGAAUUACAUGGGAAGCGAUCUUGGCUUCAUCAAUUUGUAGGCGACAUUCGCAAUGUUGCCGAAUAUGUCUCCUCCGCCAAGGUCCUAAUGCAGUCUGCGGACCCCAUCCCAAUGCUUGUGGAACAAGUGCAGUCGCAGCCAUCUUGGUGGACGCUGCAGAUCAAGAAGGCCGUUCAAGGUUUCCAUCAAGACUUGCAGCGGUGGCAACAGACUCCUUCGCGUCAUGGGCUGCUGGCUACGCCGCGCUUGGACUUCUCUUGUCAUAUCUGCUGUGCUUCCUUCGCCCUUCGCAAACACCUUGGAGCUCACAUGGCGAGGACGCACAGAAUAGUGGCACUCCCCAGGCACUACGCGCAUGUUCCUUGGUGCCCCUCUUGCAUGACCAUGUCUCACUCCAUCAGCCGCGCGCAGAACCACUUCAAGAAGCAUCCGGAGUGUCUGAAAGCAGUGGCUGCAUUGAUCCCUCCUCUCUCCAUGGACGAGAUCCACGCUACAGAACGUGCCGACACCAACCAGGCUUCCCAGUUCCGCAUGGGACACUGGCACCGACUACAGCACAUGCCCAAAGCUACGAAAGUCUCUGGACCUCAGGCUCUAAAUGCAGAUGAGCGUGCUGAGUGGGUUUCUUCGGACUCCGACCUUGAUGUUUGGACACAUUUGUUCAGACCUGAGCCUGAAGAUGUCACGUGGGUAGCUGCUUACCUUGAUAGCGUAGGGACUCGCGAACCUGCUAGACAACAAGCAGUUUCGUUUUGGGAAGCACGCCCAGCCGGGCCUGCUGUCAUUUCUCUGGAGACGGAGGGCCCCAAUGAAUUUGCUGCAUGA